AGUGCAGUGCUGAUGCUAGGAUGGGGGAGAACCGCAUCUUCGUGUGACUUUGAAAAUGGUAUGUGUGCUGGCUGGACCCAGGAUAAGUCAGACACAUUCGACUGGACAUUGAGAUCUGGUUCCACUCCAUCGUCUAACACUGGUCCAUCUUCGGGCCACGGAGGUUCAGGGAAAUAUAUGUAUAUUGAGACUUCAUCCCCAAGAAAAGACGGAGACAUAGCAAAACUUAAAUUUACGGGUUCUGGUGGCGGCGCGUUUUGCCUGAGGUUCUUUUAUCACAUGUAUGGAAAGUCCCUGAAAAUACUGAACGUCUAUAGUGGGAGUUCGAGAGUUUUCACCCAGUCAGGUAGUCAGGGAAACAAGUGGAUAGAGGCGAAGGUUCCCGUCUCUGCUUCAAGUGGAAGAGUUGAAGUGACAUUUGAGGGAAUCAGAGGAAGUUCUUGGCAAGGAGAUAUAGCCAUCGAUGACGUAACGAUAGAGAAAGGAAGUUGUUCCGCCCCAUCCACUUCCUCUCCCUCCACACCCCAUCCGCCCUCGGGUAUCUUUUUAUUUUAA